AUGGAUUGUCAAAAUUUAACAUCAAAAAUUAAUUUUAAAUAUAUGAAUUUAUCGAAUUUCUAUGAUAAUCAUAUUAGAAAUAAAUCUUCAGUUAACUUUGAAGAAGCUAGUGAAAAACACCGUAAUGAUUGUACUACUGAUAAACAAGAAAAUAAAUUGGAAUAUUCCUUAGAAUUAUUAGAUGUAAAUUAUCCAAAUGAAUUUUUGCAAGAAAUUCGUCAUUUAUGCCAAUUGACAUCAUCAUCAUCAUCAUCUUUGUCAUCUUUGUCAUCAUUGAAAGGAAUAUCAUCAGAAAUUACCACAUCAUCACCAUUUGCAAGUGCACAAAUAAUUUGUCAAUGUAAUAUUUUACAAAACAUGAUUGAUACUCGUCUACGUGAAAUUCACUCUCGUCUUGUAUACAAUGAUGAUCAACUUACUUUAAUGAUGAUUGAACAAAUAAUGUUUGAUUUAUUUGAGAUUCAAUUGCCUAAUCAAAAGCUUCUUGAAGGUGAUUUCGAAUCGAGUAAAUUAUGGAUGAAUACAUAUUGUAAAUGUGUGGAAUAUUUACGGAAUGGUUUUACGAAGUGUUUAUGUGCUAUGAUUACAUGUGAUCUAAAAUCAGAUGCAUUUAAUAACUCACAAUUUCUCAAUGAAUUCGAUAUUCCAGGCAGUCAAAGUUUCAAUGAACGUUGGCAUAAGAAACUACAAGUAGACGAAUUGAAACAAAAUGCAUCAGAAUCAGAGAAGCAAUUAGUAUUCCUCAUACAUUUGAUUAUUUUAUAUAAUUUGUAUGAUAUAUGGCAGAGCAUUGUUAAGAUUGCUGAAACAAUUAUAACUUCCAAAGAAUCCACUAUAUAUAAUCCUGUACUUUUACAAUGGAUAUUAACUACACGUCCUAAACUUGUCGAAGCCAUCUUAAGUUAUCCAGCAAUCCAACUAUCAUACAAUUAUCAAUGUAGUCGAUGUUUAUAUAAAGCAAUACUUGAUAUUUUAUUAUCUGUUGAUGAAGUUCAAUUAAAUAAUUUGUUUAGAGAGUUUCCAAAUCAAUACGGUUGUAUUGAUUAUUUACUUUUGGAGUCUGUACAUAAUCUAAGUGAUCGGAUCACAAUGUGUAUACAGAAAAUUGAUGUUUAUCGUUUACACCUGAGAAAUAUCACCAGAUUAAAGCUUCCUAACGAUCAAGAUGUAGAAAUUAUCAAUAGUCCAUUGAAAACUUCUGGUCAUCUAGAUUUGGCUGACUCAAAUACUUUAAAUUUACGUCACACUUUAUCUCGUUGGCGUGCAAUUCUCAUGAAGAAGCUUAUCAGUGGUCAUAAUUUUGAGCGACGUUUAACUUACUACUCGGAGAAACUACACUGUUUAUUGCUCAGUUUGAAAUCUGCUAAGGAGAUGGAAACGUAUGAUUACGUAGAGAUUGAGAAACGUCUAUCUCAUUCACAAGUAAUAAUGGAUCAAGUUAACAAGUUGUUACAUGAUCUUCAAACUAUUCCAUUUCAAACAUCUAUCAAUCAUUCAAUAAAUUUUAUCAAUCUUAUCAAUCAACUUUUAGUAUUACGGCAACAAAAUAUUGUUCAACAUAUUUUAAAUAAUCGUUUAAAAUAUUAUUUAUCAGAAUUACAGAAUUAUUCAACAAUUUAUCAACGUCUUUUACAUUUAUUUCAACUUGGUAAAGAAGAUUGUAAACAAAUUAUGAAAGAGUUAAUUUGUGUGUUAAAUUUCAAAGGAUUGCCAAAUUCAUUCAAUUAUCAUAUUGAUAUGAAUAAUAAAUUCAUAGAUUAUCAACAUUUAGAAGAACCACUUUUUAGAAGGAAUGUAAAAUCUCCAGGACUAGGUGGAUUAGAACAGGUUUGUUGA